AGCGAGCAGCAACAACAAAAUGGCAAGGCCAGGCAACAACAAAAAAAAAACUUCCUUUCUUACGUUUUCCCUUUGCCUUUUCGUAACGUAACGUAAUGUGAAAAUCUGGGAAAAUAAAUACAAAUAAAAUGUUUAAUUUAAUUGCAGUGAAAAAUGUGGGCGAAACGUGUGCGAUAAGUAAAAGCCCAAUAGAGAAAAAAGCAAAAAAAAUAUAAAGUGUCCAACCAGUUAGCCAAGUUAAUAGACAUCCGACGAUCGAAAACGAGCCAACGUUGCGAUAUAACAUAAUAUAGACCACCCCCUCCAACUCCUCCUCCUUUUCCACCCCCCAAUUGACCGAAAAGCCGGCAAGACGACGUCCAAAAAGCAAAAGCAGACGCAGCCGACGCGGCCGAAGACGAGCAGCAUGUUCAAGUGCAUUCCCAUCUUCAAGGGCUGCAACCGGCAGGUGGAGUUCGUGGACAAGCGCCACUGCUCGCUGCCGCAGGUGCCCGAGGAGAUCCUGCGCUACUCCCGCACCCUCGAGGAGCUCUUCCUGGACGCCAACCACAUCCGGGACUUGCCCAAGAAUUUCUUCAGAUUGCAUCGCCUGAGAAAGCUGGGACUGAGUGACAAUGAAAUUGGCCGCCUGCCGCCGGAUAUACAAAACUUUGAAAAUCUCGUCGAGCUAGAUGUUUCACGCAAUGAUAUACCCGACAUUCCCGACGAUAUCAAGCAUCUGCAGAGCCUGCAGGUGGCCGAUUUCAGUUCGAAUCCGAUACCCAAGCUGCCCUCGGGCUUCUCCCAGCUGAAGAACCUGACCGUCCUGGGCCUCAACGAUAUGUCGCUCACCACAUUGCCAGCGGAUUUUGGCAGCCUCACGCAAUUGGAGUCACUGGAGCUGCGCGAGAAUCUGCUCAAGUACCUGCCGGAGACAAUAAGCCAGCUGACGAAGCUGAAGCGUCUGGAUUUGGGCGACAACGAGAUCGAGGAUCUGCCGCCCUAUCUGGGCUAUCUGCCCGGUUUGCAUGAGCUCUGGCUGGAUCACAACCAACUGCAGCGACUUCCGCCUGAGCUGGGUCUGCUGACCAAACUGACCUACCUCGAUGUGUCCGAGAAUCGGCUGGAGGAGCUGCCCAACGAGAUCAGCGGCCUGGUCAGUCUCACCGACCUGGAUCUCGCCCAGAAUCUUCUCGAGGCUCUGCCCGACGGCAUUGCCAAGCUGAGCAGGCUGACCAUCCUCAAGUUGGACCAGAAUCGAUUGCAGCGAUUGAACGAUACGCUCGGAAACUGCGAGAACAUGCAGGAGCUGAUACUCACCGAGAACUUCCUCUCCGAGCUGCCCGCCUCCAUUGGCCAGAUGACCAAGCUAAGCAAUCUGAACGUGGACCGCAAUGCGCUGGAGUACCUGCCCCUGGAGAUUGGCCAGUGUGCCAAUCUCGGAGUGCUCAGUCUGCGGGACAACAAGCUGAAGAAGCUGCCGCCAGAGUUGGGCAACUGCACGGUGCUGCAUGUGCUCGAUGUGAGCGGGAAUCAGUUGCUGUAUCUACCCUAUUCCCUGGUCAAUCUGCAGCUGAAGGCCGUUUGGCUGUCGGAGAACCAGUCGCAGCCGCUGCUCACCUUUCAGCCGGACACGGAUGCGGAGACGGGUGAGCAGGUGCUGUCCUGCUAUCUGCUGCCCCAGCAGGAAUACCAGCCAAUUACCCCGGCCCGUGACCUGGAAUCCGAUUCGGAGCCGUUCGAGGAGCGCGAACCGUCGCGCACCGUGGUCAAGUUCUCGGAGGAGGCCAGCCAGGAGAAGGACACGCCCUUCGUGCGCCAGAAUACGCCGCAUCCCAAGGAUCUCAAGGCCAAGGCGCAGAAACUGAAGGUAGAGCGCAGUCGGAACGAGGAGCACGCCAAUCUGGUCGCGCUGCCGGAGGAGAACGGCACCAAAGUAGCCGAGACGCCAACCGAGACCCGAACCAUUGCGAAUAAUCACCAACAACAGGCGCAGCCGGUUCAGCAACCAAUCGUUGGUGUAAAUUCCAAGCAGCCAGUGGGCGUAGUCACUCCAACCGCGACGACAGUCGCCCCACCAGCAGCCAUACAGGGUGGCCCAGAGGGCAGCAGCACCACCGCCAACAAUGUGAAGGUGGCUACUGCAGCUGUGGUCGCAGAACUAGCAGCCACUGUGGGUGGUGGGACCACCGAUGAGACCCAGGAUGAUGACGAGCAGGAGGAUGAGUUUGAAUCCGAUCGCCGUGUGGGCUUUCAGGUGGAGGGCGAGGAUGAUGACUUCUACAAAAGGCCACCGAAAUUGCACAGAAGGGACACUCCGCAUCAUCUUAAGAACAAGCGUGUGCAGCAUUUAACCGACAAGCAGGCCAGCGAGAUCUUGGCCAAUGCACUGGCCUCCCAAGAGCGUAAUGAUAGCACACCGCAGCACUCGUUAUCCGGCAAAGUGACUUCGCCAAUCGAGGAGGAGGAGCAGCUGGAAGUUGAGCAGGAGCAGCAGCAGCAACAACACCCUUUCGACUCGUCGCUCUCGCCGAUUCCAGCUGGCAAAACAGAGGCUACCACCGAUUCAGACAAUCUGGAUGGCGUCACGGAGCUUCGCUUGGAGCAGUACGAAAUCCACAUCGAACGCACUGCAGCCGGAUUGGGUUUAAGCAUUGCCGGUGGCAAGGGUUCCACGCCCUUCAAGGGCGACGACGAUGGCAUCUUCAUAUCCCGCGUCACCGAACAGGGACCCGCCGAUCUGGCUGGCCUAAAAGUGGGCGACAAGGUGAUCAAGGUCAACGGGAUUGUCGUCGUGGAUGCGGAUCACUAUCAGGCGGUUCAGGUGCUGAAGGCCUGCGGUGCCGUGCUCGUUUUGGUGGUGCAGCGUGAGGUGACGCGUCUGAUUGGACACCCCGUUUUCAGCGAGGAUGGCAGUGUGUCGCAGAUAUCGGUGGAAACGCGACCACUGGUUGCGGAGGUGGUGCCCCCGCCAGCUGCAUCUAUUAGCCACGAGCAGCGUUACAUCCCGGCAGCCAUUGAAAUUGCGCCCCAACAACAGCCGAUUCAGCAGGUGGUGGCCCCCGCGCAUAGCUAUUCGGGCAACGUGUUUGCCACACCCACACCCAUAGUUCAACCCACUGCUGCUGCUGCUGUCGCCCCCAAUGGAUUGAUACUGAAUGGCAGGGAGGCUCCACUGAGCUACAUCCAGCUGCACACGACGCUCAUCCGCGAUCAGAUUGGCCAAGGACUGGGCUUCAGCAUUGCGGGCGGCAAGGGUUCGCCGCCGUUCAAGGACGAUUGCGAUGGCAUUUUCAUAUCGCGCCUCACCGAGGGCGGACUGGCGCAUCGCGAUGGCAAAAUUAUGGUGGGCGACCGGGUGAUGGCGAUUAACGGCAACGAUAUGACGGAGGCGCAUCAUGAUGCAGCCGUCGCCUGUUUGACGGAACCGCAGCGAUUUGUGCGCUUGGUAUUGCAGCGCGAGUACAGAGGUCCUCUCGAACCGCCCACGAGUCCACGCAGUCCGGCCGUGCUCAACUCGUUGAGCCCCUCCGGAUAUCUGGCCAACCGACCAGCUAACUUUAGCCGUUCGGUGGGGGAAGUUGAGCAGCCCUACAAGUACAACACCCUGGCUACGACCACGCCCACUUCCGCACCCACGCCCACUGUCCCAGCCAGCAUAGGCAACAAUAAUAACACGCUGCCCAGCAGCAAAACCAAUGGAUUUGCAACAGCUGCUGCUGUCGCUGCCACGGCUGCUCCUGCCACUGGUGCUGCCACGAUAGACAGUGCCACGGGGCAACCUGUGCCGGCUCCCCGACGCACCAACUCGGUGCCAAUGGGGGAUGGAGGAGACCUUGGAGCGGCCUCCACCACCAGCGGUGAUUCUGGCGAGGCUCAGCCCUCCUCGUUGCGACCGCUGACCAGCGAUGAUUUUCAGGCGAUGAUACCGGCACACUUCCUCAGCGGCGGCAGUCAGCAUCAGGUGCAUGUGGCCCGGCCCAACGAGGUGGGCGUGAGUGCCGUCACUGUGAAUGUGAAUAAGCCACAGCCGGAUCUGCCCAUGUUCCCGGCGGCGCCCACCGAACUUGGCCGCGUCACCGAGACGAUCACCAAGUCGACGUUCACGGAGACGGUGAUGACGCGCAUCACCGACAAUCAGUUGGCGGAACCCCUGAUCAGUGAGGAGGUUGUGCUGCCCAAGAACCAGGGCUCCCUGGGAUUCAGCAUCAUUGGCGGCACGGAUCAUUCCUGUGUGCCCUUUGGCACUCGAGAGCCUGGAAUUUUCAUAUCGCACAUUGUGCCCGGCGGGAUUGCCUCCAAGUGCGGCAAGCUGCGCAUGGGCGAUCGCAUAUUGAAAGUCAACGAGGCGGAUGUUUCCAAGGCCACCCAUCAGGAUGCCGUUCUGGAGCUGCUGAAGCCAGGUGAUGAUAUCAAGCUGACCAUUCAACACGAUCCACUGCCGCCAGGUUUCCAGGAAGUGCUGCUCAGCAAGGCGGAGGGCGAACGCCUGGGCAUGCACAUCAAGGGUGGACUGAACGGGCAGCGCGGUAAUCCGGCCGAUCCCUCCGACGAGGGUGUCUUCGUGUCCAAAAUUAACUCGGUGGGAGCGGCCAGACGGGAUGGAAGGCUUAAGGUGGGCAUGCGUCUGCUGGAGGUUAAUGGACACUCGCUGCUGGGCGCCUCGCACCAGGAUGCGGUCAAUGUGCUGCGCAACGCUGGCAACGAGAUUCAAUUGGUCGUCUGCAAGGGCUACGACAAGUCCAAUUUAAUUCAUUCCAUUGGCCAGGCCGGCGGCAUGAGCACUGGCUUCAACUCGUCUGCAUCCUGCAGCGGUGGCAGUCGCCAAGGCUCUCGGGCCUCGGAAACGGGCUCGGAACUGAGCCACAGUCAGAGUGUAUCAAGUCUUGACCACGAGGAGGAUGAGCGUCUGCGACAGGACUUUGAUGUUUUCGCCUCGCAGAAGCCAGAUGCACAGCUGGCAGCAGCUGCCGCCAUGGUGCAUGGCACCACAUCGCCCACACCCACAGCAACUGCUACUGCCACCACACCCACUCCUCCCGCUCCAGUUGCUGAUUUAACAGCUCCGGACACGCCAGCCACCCAGACCGUGGCGCUUAUUCACGCAGAACAACAGGCCCAUCAGCAGCAGCAGCAGCAGCAGCUGGCGACUGUGGGUCAGGAGAAGAGCACCCAGGAGAAGGUGCUGGAAAUUGUACGCGCUGCCGACGCCUUCACCACCGUGCCACCAAAGUCGCCAUCGGAGCAUCACGAGCAGGACAAGAUACAGAAGACGACGACGGUUGUCAUAUCGAAGCACACGCUCGACACGAAUCCAACCACCCCCACAACGCCGGCGGCACCCCUGCCCAUCGCAGAGUCAGCGAACUCAGCAAAUGCUGCUCCUUCUGCUGCAUCCUCGCCUGUGGGUUCAGUAGCACCAGUUCUUCCUGCCGAAGAGCAGCAGUCGCAACUACAGUCAACACCUGGAGGAGCAUCAGCAGAGGAGCCCACAUCAACACCGACACCGAGUAAAGUGCCUAAAUCGGUUUCCGAUAAAAAACGCUUCUUUGAGUCAGCCAUGGAGGAUCAACACAAGCCCACACAAAAGACAGACAAAGUUUUCUCAUUCCUGUCAAAGGAUGAAGUAGAGAAGCUGCGACAGGAGGAGGAGAGGAAAAUUGCAACAUUGCGCCGUGAUAAGAAUUCCAGAUUACUGGAUGUCGCCAACGACAACAUUGACAAGAAGAAGGAUGCCAUCGAGAGCAGGAGGAGCAGAAGCCAUGGUAACAGCAGCAACAGCGGCGAGGAUAAUGAUGACAGCGACCAGGACGAGGAGGAGGAGGACCAAGAGGACCAGGACAUUGCUCGCGGGGAUUCCGUUGACAACGCCGCUUUGGUGGGCCACUUGGAUGAUGCGGAGGACAUGAGAACCGCACAUGAAAGUCUGGCGACGACACACAUGCCACAUGCGCCCAGCAAAAUACCCAAGCAGAAGUUAAGGCUUACAGAGGCGGUGACUCCUGCGCCAGUUGAUCCACCCAAACCCUCACUGCUGCCCAAGCCAAAGGUCAAGGUUGUCAUUCCACCGGCACUGCAGCAGCGUCUUAAGAAACAGCAGGAGCAGCAGCAGCAGCAGGAAAGGCAAUCCCAGCCCGAAGAGCCCUCAAUUCCGGAGGAGGAACAUCAUCAACAGCCGGGGCCGGAAUCACCAUCCUCCCCCUGCGCCAACGCAGGAGGCAGUCGCAUACCCGUAAGAACCCUGAAGGCCGAAAGGCGCGCCCUUGCCUCGGCUGCCCGCCAAUCCGGACUCAGUGUGGAGGAGUAUCUGCGGCAGCAGCAGGAUGAUAAAGAGUGCCCCACUCCGCCCACAACACCAACAACACCAACUACACCAACAACGCCCACCGGCAAAAGCCGUUCCAUGAUUAAUGCUGAGAAGCGCGCUUCGUGGCGUGCAGCUCGUCUUCGAUCACUGGAACAGGGAGCCGUGGAGGCCCAGGAUGUGAUCAAGAAUAUGCGCAAGAUGACCGACGAUCUGAUUACCCACGAAUCCAAGGCCAGCGAGGUGGAGACCUGCAAGGAGCGCAUCAUAUCCUUGGAGCUGCAAGUGCCCGAAACGGAGGACGAUGGCGGCAGGCUAGAUGACACGCAACCGCCGCUGGAACUCGAGGCAGAUGACUUCCAGGAUGAAGACGACGAUGAAGAUGAAGAUGAUGACGAGGAAGAUGACUAUGAGGAUGAGGAGGAGGAGGACACCGCUUCCAUUGUCACCGUGCAGGCCAACAAUGAGAAGCUUUUCCUACGCCACGAUUCCGAUACCUAUGGUCCCUCGUCCAUUGAAAGUGUGGCAUCCGGCAAGGUGCGCAUCAAGCCCACGCCGCUGUCGCUUCACCAAACGCUGGCCAAGGAGACGACCAUUGUGGAGGUCCUGAAUCCAGUGAUUGGGGGCGACGGCAAUGCCCGCACCAUCCACGUGAGUGGCUCCCUGCCCUUCGACGAGGACGACGAUUUCGAGGAGGGCGCCAUGGCCGUGCUGCGCAGCGAAACUUUCGUCCUUCCAGGAGGCAACAACACCGGUAGGUCUGAGCUGUCGUUAAAUGCUAAAAUGAAAACCGUGCUCGAGGAGCUGCUGGAGAACGAGCGCGUCAAAUUGAAUUUGCAAAAGAGCCUCGAGGGCGAGGAGGAGGAGGAGGAGGACGAGGAUGGCAGUGCCUAUGGCGACGCACGGGAUGAGGAGGAGAGCGCCUACGGCGAUGCCAUCGACGAUGUGGUUGACUUUGGUCGCCCGCCUGCUAAUGACCAGGAUGAUGCCAAGAACGGCAAUCAGCAGCUGCUCGAGGAGCUGAUUAAGGAUAGCAACCGCAACACAAUCAUUGCUAAAUUGGCGGGCCAAUUGUCAGAGGACGAUGAAGAUGAAGAAGACGACGACGAGGAGGAGAGUAGUGACUCCUCGGACGAGGAUAGCGAUGACUCCGACGAGGAGGACAAUGCCCAGGAGCAGCUGAAUGUCACCUAUGUGCAGGGCGCCCAGGUGAUCGAGAAUCUCAAUACUUUGGCAGCCACCGGUGGUAAGCUGCAAAAGUCGCAGACCUACACGACCAUCAAGGAGGCGGCGCCAGAGGAGGAGGAGGAGGCGGAACAGCCCAAGGAUACCCUGGCUCAAUUGCAGGCCGAGCAGCGUGCUCUGGCCGAGAUCUCAAAGCAGUUGCGCAAGUCUGUGGAGGAUUUGCUUAGCGCCGAUAACAACGAAACGGUGGUGGAGACUCAAAGGACCUAUACAUUGCCCUCGGCCAGCGAUAGUUCCGCCGUCGUCACCGUCACCGAGGUGGUCAAGAAGCAGAAGAAGAAGAAGGGCGAGUCUGGAGAGGAUCUGUUCAAUCGACUGCUUAGCGCUGGAGAAUCGGAACGUCAGGUGUUCGACCGACAGCAGGGCGAGACCAUAACGACCACCACGACAACCACAGAGGCUGUGAGCGGCGCCGAGGACAACGAGCCGAGCACCAGUGUGGUGACCACCACGAGGACCGUGUCCAAUAUUGUGACGAGCGGAAUUCCCAGGCCAACUGAAGCAUCCAGCAAGCAGGGCAACCGCAACAGCAACAAUAACCGCAACAAGAACAAGCGAAAGGGCAAAAAGAAGUAGAG